AUAACAUCAUUGUUUCUCUAGAACGUAUAUUUGGAAUCAUUCAUGCAAAAAUAUGAUAGAGAGUAUUUUGAAAGCUUUUCCCCCUCGUUCCUCUGCUCCUCUGCUCCUCUACCUUCACAACACUACAAAGUUUUGUUUUCAGAGUCAAUCCUUCAAGCAGGUAGUUUAAGGCUUCCAUAAUCCUUGGCAGAAAUAUGUUGAUCGUAUACUGAACUAUGCAAUGGAUUCUCCCUAAAUGUGUGCGACAGUGCUAAAAAUUCUUAAUAAAACGCUUGAAACAAUGUUAACAACACGAAAGCUCCUUCGCCGGGGUUGUAAAAUCUCAUCAUCCUGUAUUAAAACCCUGACAUCACCACAUAAGCCAGCCCCUAUCAGAGAGUUCAAUUCAAUUUCCCAAUUCAAGAAAAACCCACUCGCUGACAAUGAAUUCUACCGCUCCUCCCCGGCAUUUACAUGGAGAAUGCCAAUCAGGUUUUGCAGCAGUUCUCCUGUUACUGAGAUGUUAGAGUGGAGCAAGAAGUGGCCUUCUGUGGAUGCAUACGAUGAAUCCAGCAUUGAAGCACAGUAUAAGAACCAAGGAACUUAUAUUACAGUCAAGGCAUACUUGCUUGGCACGAGUGUGGAUUUGAAAGGUUUGCAAAUGGAGCCUCUGUUUGACGUUGUUCCUCCCAGUUCUCGUAGCGCCAACAAUGUUGUGCUAAGAGUCCCGUCCAGUAACAUGCUUGAAUAUUCUUCUACAAAAAAUCAGGGCUUAGAAUCUAGGAAUGAAUCUUGGAGCAACCAUCGCCACAUGGUAGUCUUCCAAUAUGGCUCUGUUGUACUAUUCAACUUUGCAGAGCAGGAAGAAGAAGGAUAUCUACAAAUUGUGAGAAAAUAUGCUUCUGAAUUGCUUACCGAGACAAGAAAAGAUGAUUAUGCUAUAGUGGAGAAACCGUCAUUGGAGACUUGGAUGCAAGAGGGUCAUGACUAUAUAGUACUGAGGAGGUUUGAUAUUGACUGUAUUCGUACCAUUGGAAUUGUGCUUGGACAAAGCAUUGCCCUUGAUCACUUUGUUCGACAGGUAGAUGGUAUGGUGGCAGAAUUUAUUGAUUUGAACAAAGGAAUGGAGAAGACAGGCACCUUUACAAUGAAUCGCAAAAAACUUUUUCAACUUGUUGGUCAGACAAAUACCAAUCUUGCAAAUGUGAUUUUCAAGCUUGGGCUUUUUGAAAGGUCAGACGUUGCUUGGAAAAAUGCAAAAUAUGCACAAAUUUGGGAGUAUCUUCGAGAUGAAUAUGAAUUGCAACAGCGAUUUGGGAGUCUCGAUUACAAACUGAAGUUUGUAGAGCAUAACGUCCGCUUCUUUUUGGAGAUACUGCAGAAUAGAAAAUCCGAUGCUUUGGAGUGGCUUAUCAUAAUUUUAAUAAGUACAGAGAUAAUGAUUGGUCUCUAUGAUAUCAUUCGAAACACAGGGAUAAAUCAUUUUUCUAACUUUUAGAAACAGAAUAGCUGACUUGAAGGUGGGAAAUCACAGUAUUUGGAAUAUGAAUGAUCUUUCCUGGGUGAUAUUUCUCAACUACUCAAUUGUUUUUUGGUUACUAUAUUCACUUUGUUUCGGCAAGGUUCAAUGUAAAUACCAUUCUCAAAAAAUUCUAUACUUAUCUUUUUUCUUUUUACUAAGAUUUUGACAAUAUGGAGUCGAUAUUUUCCAGUUA